AUGUCAUCCCCUCCUGCUCUCGAUUUCCCUUCAUCUGAUGAUGUUCAGAUGCAAGAUGAAGAGAACCAUAAUAGCGCAGAUGAAGUCUCAGAACCUCUUUUCCUAGCUGGAACACCUUCUACAUCUGCUGGAACACCUCGUUCGCGCAGGGGCGAUCCUGCACCGAGUUCACCGCUCAGAAAUGUGGCAGCUCGAAGGGCUGUGGGCUUGAGUACCCCGAAGAGAAUGCCUCUGUUUAGUCCGUCUGGAAGCUCAUCUCCCAUGGCCUUCCCCAGUUCAUCUCCCGCAAAAACACCCAGAGCGCGAUCUACCCUCUUCAGCUUAUCUGGGCCUAAUGCAGAAUCGAAGACUGUUCCGAGCCCUUCCACACCGGCAUCACCCAGCAAAAGACGAGGCGAUAUCAAUCCCUCAUUCGCACCAAGUAGUAGCCGACUACAUCAAAUCCGACGCAAAGACUACGACGCCCGCAGAUCCGACGCAGCCAUGAAUUCAGACGGCACUCAUCUUGGCGGUCUCGACAUCCCCCCCUCUUCCGCAGCCCCCCUUCUUUCCGCAGCACCUGAAGAGACCGAUGAACCAGACGAAAUUAGGGCGAUUUGGGGAACCAUGAUCAAUAUCCAUGAUAUAAUGCGCUUGUUCCGUGAUUUCCUCAUGGGAUUCAAACCCAAGUACCGAGUUGCCCACGAACGUGAACAAGGUCGUCCUACGCGCGCGUACUCUCUUGACGAAAGCGAGGAGCUUUUAUACGAAAGUUAUCUACGUCGUAUGAGACAGACGGGGGAGACUAACUUGAAUCUUGAUGUCGUGAAUAUUUUAGCGUACCCGCCCACCAGGAAACUGCAUGGCCACUUGUUAAAGUACCCGCAAGACGUGAUUCCCAUGAUGGAUAUGGUCCUAAAAGAUCUCAUGCUGGAGAUUGCUGAACAAGACCAGCAGGCAGGGCUGGAUGGCAUGGAGGGGGGUGAUGGUGAUGAUGAGAUUGGUACGAUCAUGAACAGCAGCUAUAGGGUUCGUCCAUUUGGCGUCACUCCAAUUAACAUGCGGGAGCUCAACCCUACAGACACAGACAAACUAGUGUGUAUCAAGGGUCUCGUCAUUCGUGGUACUCCCAUCAUUCCUGAGAUGCAACACGCGUUCUUCCGAUGCCUUGCCUGUUCCCAUACUCUACAGGUAGAGAUUGAGCGCGGAAAGAUCAACGAACCUGCACGGUGCCCUCGCGAUGUCUGUCGUACUCUGGGCUCGAUGUCACUUAUCCAUAAUCGUUCUACAUAUGCCGAUCGACAAGUCAUUCGACUACAAGAAACACCAGAUUCUGUCCCUGAUGGUCAAACUCCACAUACCGUUUCGCUCAGCGUAUACGACGACCUCGUUGAUGUCGCGAAACCUGGUGACAGACUUGCGGUGACCGGUAUCUUUAGAACGAUGCCAGUCAGGGUUAAUCCGAGACAACGAACGCUAAAAAGCUUAUUCAAGAUUUAUAUCGACGUCGUUCACAUCAAAAUCGGUGUGAGUGGCGCUCUCGGUGCAGAUAGGUCAACAAGACCGGCCGGAGGGGACCGUAUUCCUGGUGUCGGUGGUGUCGGAGAUGCUGAAGCAGAUGACAAUCGGAAAGAUGGAAUUCAUCGACAAGCUGAGCUAGAGGAGAAGCUCAAAAACUUAAGUCAGCGGCCCGAUAUCUACGAGCUGCUAGCGAGAUCUCUCGCUCCAUCGAUUUGGGAGAUGGACGACGUGAAGAAGGGAAUUCUUUUGCAGCUUUUCGGUGGCACGAGCAAAAACAUCUCUCGAGGCGGAGGUGGAGGCGGACCACGCUAUCGUGGUGAUAUCAAUAUUCUUCUCGUCGGCGAUCCUGGUACAAGUAAAUCACAAAUAUUACAAUAUGUCCAUAAGAUCGCACCCAGAGGUGUUUAUACGUCUGGAAAAGGAUCAUCUGCCGUUGGUUUGACCGCCUAUGUUACCCGUGAUCCCGACACGAAGCAGUUAGUUUUGGAAAGUGGCGCUCUCGUCCUGAGUGACGGUGGUGUUUGUUGCAUUGACGAAUUUGACAAGAUGUCUGAUGCAACUAGAAGCGUCUUGCACGAAGUUAUGGAACAACAAACAGUCUCCGUUGCUAAAGCUGGAAUCAUCACCACACUCAAUGCACGCACGUCAAUCCUUGCAGCAGCAAAUCCCGUCGGUUCGAAGUACGACCCAGAUCUUCCUAUUACAAGGAAUAUCGACCUACCCCCGACGCUCAUUUCGCGUUUCGACCUCCUCUAUCUGGUUCUCGAUCAGGUCGACGAAUCAUUGGAUCGCCGACUAGCCCAACAUCUCGUUGGCCUGUAUCUAGAAGAUACUCCUACCGGGAACUCAGCGGAGAUCUUGCCUAUUGAAGAACUAUCAGCGUACAUUGAUUACGCUCGAGCACAUAUCCACCCCGUCAUCACUGAAGCUGCACAUGGUGAGCUCAUCAGGUGUUACGUCGAGAUGCGGAGGAUGGGUGACGACCCUCGGGCUGGCGAGAAGCGCAUCACUGCGACGACACGUCAACUAGAGAGUAUGAUUCGACUUGCCGAAGCUCAUGCCCGUAUGAAGUUCUCGGAAUUUGUUGAACUAGAGGAUGUUAAGGAGGCGAACCGCUUGAUGCGUGACGCUAUCAGGACCAGUGCGAUGGAUCCUCGAACCGGCAAGAUUGACAUGAGUUUGCUCAGUACUGGCACUGGACAAGGACAGCUCAAGUUGAGGGAGGAUAUGAGGAAGGAAGUGCUGAAUAUCUUGAAUUCGAGUGCUGGUAGCAGGGGGCUAAGGUGGGCAGAUGUGAUUAAGACUCUGGGGUCGCAGAGUAGCGUGAAGGUAGACGCUGCGGAAUUCGGGGAGGUGGUUAAGAGUUUGGAAAACGAGGGUUUGGUCAAGGUUGUUGGUGAAAGGGACAAGAGGAUGAUUCGGAAAAUUGAUGGUUGA